AUGGAUCCCGCCCCGAGUCGCUGGCAUCGGAGCAUCUCCAAUGAGGCUCAGAUUCAUGAGGAGGCCAACUUCGUGUCCACUUCGUUCAACAAUGCGGAGGCAUUGGGUCAGCUGGAGCUCGUAGCGAAUGGGCUCGACCCGUUCGACGAGGAUUCGCCAGGACACAAGUUCGGUCUGCCGGCUCUGCCAGUUCCUUCACGGAUGCACAUGAAGCACCGAUACGAGCCAGUGGUGGCCCAGAUCACAAAGCUGCUCAUGCGCGAUGGCAAGCUGAGCAAGGCGCAAAGAGAUAUGGCCCUGAUACUAAACUACCUACGAACCUCCUCGCCGCCGAGAGUCAAUCCGGCACGACCCCUUGUUCCCGGCGCACCACCUCCAUCUCAUCUUCCUCUCAACCCGGUCACGUACCUUACUCUCGCGAUUGAUUCCGUUGCCCCAUUGAUUCGGAUACGGAACUUCUCAGGUCUGGCAGGAGGUGGCAUGGCGUUGUCAGUUCCUGUGCCCCUGGGAGUACGACAGAGGAGGAGGAUGGCAUGGAUGUGGAUCAUGGAGACAGUGAACAAAAAGCCGUCCAAGGGCAGUGGGCGAACGAUGCUGGCACACCGUAUUGGCGAGGAGCUUGUCGCCGUCAUUGAGGGCCGCUCGACAGUCUGGGACAAGAGGCAGCAACUGCACAAGCUUGGAACGGCUUCACGAGCGAACAUCAACUCUCGUGCUUUGAUGAAGAAGAGGUAG